AUGACAGAUUUGUUUUCGAUCGCCCGUUGGUUUGGCAUACCAACAUAUGGAGGGAGACUUGCUUUCAUAUGGGCUUUAAUCUUGUUAGCCAUGCUGAUUGCUAUAGAAGUUGGUGCUAUUUGGAAACUUGGCCGACUUCUGGCAGGCUACGUUGUAAAUACUUCUGGGGGACUGGAACACAUGCUUAGUAUGAUGUCUGCUACAGGUUUCGAUUGUCGACCAGGAGAAUAUCUUCAAAGAUAUAUAUUAUCAUCACAUGGGUUCUUGGUGCAAUCCUAUGAGUACACCCUUUGGCUAGCCAUACCAAUAUUUAUUCUCAGCAAGUCAGCAACUAUUCUAUGGAACUUUCAAGAUUUGAUCAUCAUUUUGAUAAGCAUGGGAUUAGCGUCGCGAUACCACAGACUGAAUUCAUACGUGAAAUAUGUUGUUAGAUAUGAGAUACGUGCAAGGAAUGUGAAGAAGGUCAAAACAGAAUUCUAUUUCCACAUGAAUAUUUGGCGCAAAAUUCGACAAGCGUACGUACAACAAUCGGCUUUGGUACGAAAAGUCGACGGAAAAUUGGGUCCUUUAGUGCUAUUAUCCAAUUUAAACAACUUGUAUUUUAUUUGCUUACAACUCUUUUUGGGUAUACGACAAUUAGAUGGUUCGACAAUAAAUGUUAUAUACUACUUUUAUUCACUCGGCUGGUUGCUUUUUCGAGCGUGCAGUGUUGUGCUUGCUGCGGCUGACGUUAAUCUACACUCGAAACGAGCCUUGCCGUAUUUGUUCUCUUGUCCUAACACUGAGAGUAAUGUAGAGAUAAAAAGGCUUAAAAAUCAAUUAAGCCACGAUAAAGUGGUUUUAAGUGGAAUGGGCUUUUUCUGUUUGGAUCGACAGAAGCUUUUAGAGGUUCGU